ACUAUGAGUCUAAUGAACAUUUCCCUGAACGUUGCCAUUGUUUCUGCUCACCCAUUAAGGCAUCCAAGUCAGACAGUCUUAUGAAAAACUAAAGCAGCUCAGUAGCUGGGUCAGAGGGUUCAUGCAGCUGAAAAGGCAUCCAGCAAACAUCCAAUAACAACAAAUAUGCCACCAAGAUUGUUAUCAGCAAAAACAUCUGAACUGUUCUGUCAUAUUCUUCUAUGAUUCACAAAACUGGUUCAACCAGCAGAGACAAAGAGAACAAGCAUGCCCUUUAAGUGAACUAUUAUUGAUGCACUUGUAGUUUUAAUUUAGAUUUCAGUUUCAGUUACUUUUAUCUGUUGUAAUACUCUGAUGGAUGCAGUAUUUCAGCUUACGUCAAACUUUCAACCUCAUUUCACUUUCAUAAUGACAAUUCUCUCUUGAAAAGUAUUCAGAACUGCUUCUUGAAUACAAAGAAAGUAUUAAUUCAAUACUUUCUGCUACUUUCUACUUUCGUAAGAACAGUUCCUUUUCUGUGGCUCUUCAUGCUUAAGCUAUGAAACAAGUGUUUACUUUGAAGGGUAUCAAUGUCACAUCCACAUUCAUUAACACAGCCAGUCCAACUGGUUACUAUACGCUAAAGCCCCAGCUUAUAACAGGCAGAUCAACAUUCUGGUGACAACAUGAAAUUUAUGAAUCAUUUACAACUAUGUUUCUGAGUGAGGAACCAGGAAGUUAAUGACAUAUGGGAGAUGUGGGUGUCAGUUUCAUUUAAUAGUGUCUAAAGCUGCUUUGCAAAGAGAUGCACAGUUGAUUGUGAAGAGACAAGACGAUGGCCGGAUACAGAACACUGAUGAGAUUCCUCGUGGGUAUUGUCCUUUUUCAAGGGGGUGAUUCAGAUGUGAAAUGCAGGGAUGACAAAGGAAAUGUGGUGGACUGGUAUAUUUUAUACAAGUUGCCCAGUGGGACUGGUAAUGGUUUGUCAUAUCUGUACAUGGAUGACAGCACCAACAGAUGGAAAGUCAGCAAAAAGAAAAUCAACAGUAAAUCUGGAACUCUGGCGAACACCCUGAAACCUCUUCUUGACUUCUACAAGAAACAGACUGAAGGCUUUGGAUACAUGCUCUAUAAUGACCAACCUCCAAACGGUAAAGCUUCUGCAUCGUAUGGCCACAGUAAAGGAGUCGUGAUGUUGGACAAACAAACUGGAGUUUGGCUCUCACACAGUACACCACAAUUUCCGGGAUAUCAAAGUCAAGACUUCUGGCCGAGCAGUGGAAGCGUUAAUGCCCAGACAUUUAUGUGUGUGACUUACUCCUAUGAUAAAUUCAAUGAAAUAGGAUUGCAACUUGAAUACAUUCACGCUUAUUCAUACGACUAUGUCAUCCCAACAACCUUUCACAAUGAGCUGCGAUGUGUUGCACAGCGAAGCUGCUACCCCAAGAGGGCACCCUGGACUAGAGUGACGAAUCUGACUUCAAUGAAGGGACGUGAUUUCUCCAGCUUUGCAAAGUACACACGUUUUGGGGAUGAUCUUUACUCUGGCCUUAUUGUAAACUAUUUGGGGCACAAUCUGUAUGUUAAGAGCUGGGGGAAGAUGCGUGACCCUCUGCCUUCUAACUGCAGCACCAGCAUCCCUUAUAAUGUGUUCAAUGUGGAGACAGUAAAGCUGAAUGGGAUGGACUUCAAUAAUACUGUAGAUCACUCCAAGUGGUGUGUGAUGUAUGAUGGUGACUGGACCUGUAUAGCUGACAUGAACAGGGAAGAGAGUCAGAUGAAGAGAGGCGGGGGAGCAAUAUGCAUCAAUGAUGUUAAAGUUAGAAAGGCUUUUUGUACGGUGAUAUCACAAUUCAGACCGUGUAAACGUCCACGUCCACAUUCUGAUGCUCAACACAUAGAGCUUUGAAGGCACAAAUCUUUAUCGAAAUAUAAAGAACUGGAACCUGAUAUCACUUCCAAACACUGACUACAUCUUUCCAUAUCCAGAUUUUACAUUGUUUUGCACCAGUGUUGUGGUGUAUGUUAACCCCUGUCUUUUGUGUUCUGCAUUACGUAUUUUGAUCAAUGAAAAACCUUCUCUUAAGCAUUAACCUCUAUACAGUCAGACUGUUACUCCAGAUGAAACAAAUUGAAAUGAUUUAUUAUAUCAAGAUUAACUAAAAAAAAUUAAUGUUGCUGCAAACUUCUGUUAGCUAUAGAUGGCUUUAAACUGUUUGGGGGCCCCAGGGUAAAAAUUAGCUACUGGGUGCCUAUAAAACUCCAAGAUCCUUCAACUCUCUGUGCAAUGUGUACCAUUUCUCAAUUCUGGCUCCACAUUAGCACAUUGAUUGAGGAAUGUGUAUCAUAUAUACAGAAAACUAAAACAAUUAAGGGCUCACAACUAGAUUUUGACAAGAGGAACCUCUACAAAGGACUCAAGGUCAGGUAUAAAAGCAGGACCCACCUUAUGGCCCUUAUCAUGUCAGUUGCGUUGUUCAGCCUAUAUUCCUGCACACAUUUUCAACUACAUUUUCAGAAACAAGCUGACUCACAGCAGACCUGGAGCUCUUGGAGCCCCUGAACCUCUAGGGCAGUUGUUGCCUUUAUCAAGCCAGUGAUGACGGACUACUUUGUCCUGAUAAGCAAAUAAAAGGACAAUUUAACAGAGAAGACCAUAAUAAAGCACCUGAGAAGCUAAAUCUGCUAUGUUCAUCCAAUCAAGAGCUUGCUACUGUUCUAUGUCCUGAGUCUCAGGUCUGGGGACUGAAAGUGCUGAGUGACAUCUUUUAAAUCACUUCUCAGAACCUUUCCGGAAAAAGCCUUUUAUUUCAUCAUUUCUCAUCUAUUUUGCUAUUAAUAUUGUUUUUAUCUUGUAUUAUUGUUGGGUAUUUCAUUCUUUUUAAAUUUGUAUUAUUUUGUCUGAUUUUAUUUGCCUCAGUGCAGUUUAAUGUGAACAUGUUUUAUCUGUUUUACUUUUAGUACUUAUCUUGUUGGGGCUCUUUUAUUCAAGUAAAUAUAAUUUUAAUUGUCUGAUUUUAUUUCCCUCAUUGUCUCCUGGAAUGUUUUAAUGUCUAUUUAACUUAAGAAAUAAACAUUUUCUAUUUUUCCCCAUGUAAAA